AUGGCCGGCAAGUAUUCAUUCCUUUGCCUUGCGGCCACUCUCGUCCAAGUCGUCCUUGCCAGUCCAGCAGGAUCGAUUGUGGUUCCAUUGAAGCGGGAUGAAGUGCUUCUUGAUUACCUCGCCAAGUUCUCAGUCGGUACACCGCCGCAGGAGGAAUACCUCAAGAUUGAUACAGGCAGUUCAGCAAUGUCUUUCUAUUCACCAAGAAGCGACUUUUGCAAUGCCGAUGAUCGACCUUGCGAUGUGUAUGGAACCUUUGAUAACGUUUCGUCUUCAACUUCUACAUACACCGGUCCCGGCUUCUCCGACCAGCUCAUCAGUUAUGGCUACGGCGACUACUUGGAAGACACUGUUAGUGUCGGCGGUGUUUCUACGCCUCAUGUCGACUUUGGAUACAUCACGACUGUCGGAUACCCGAGCCGCAAACAGCGUCCAGCAGCGAGCAUCGUAGGAUUUUGCCUGAGUUGCUAUCCUGGGCCAAAUUGUGACGGACCUGGACCGUACUUGCUUCCGCAACUCAAGAAGGCAUCAGCCAUUGAUCGUAUUUCUCUCAGCGUCUACCUUGGGCCCGAUGAACGCGACGUUAACAACGCCGAGAUCAUUCUCGGCGGCGCAUACGACAAAGCAAAACUCGGCGGAGAGCUCUUCACGGUGAACAUGGUCGACCCGCACAACUCACAUUUGACGAAUCAGAACACGAACAACGUCAAUGUCUCCUCGAUCGAAGCGGUCUCUGGUGAUAAAACGAUCAAGAUCGACUCCCCGGAAAAGGAAGGCACAGUUUAUCUACUCGACACUGGAGCGCCUUACUGGAGCAUACCCACGGAGAUGUUCAAUCUUGUCUCGACCGCAUUUGGCGGGUUGAGUGCGACGACUUCAUACUACACCUACAUCGUCGACUGCAAGUACCAAUUCCCUGCGAACAGCAACGGCUGCAUCAACGUCGAAUUCACUGCAGGCGGCACAAUCUCUGUUCCGUUCCACACGCUGGUGACCGACUUUGGUAAUGGCACUUGCGUCACGGCGGUACAGCCAGGCGGAGGCAAUCUCUUGGGCGAUCCUUUCUUGCGCAGCGUCUAUGCGAUAUUCGACCAGGAAGAUUUUACAGUGUCGUUGGCGCAGGUCAAGCACACUCAAGAACGAGACAUUGUGGCUAUUCCGAAGGGAGGAUUCAAGCCUGCUGGAUUGGAGCGUCAUUGA